UACCUGCGAAGGAACACAUUCUUGCACUGACACAAUUUUGUAUUAUUCUCAUUUCAUGAAGAGGAAAUCAUUAUAAAGGACUACUAUUUAUCAACAUUUCUGUACAUGUUUGCGUUUCAUACUUUACUUUAAAAAAUAGGCCUGGUAAAGUCCUCUUUGUGUGUCAUCAAUCUCAGCCAAGAUUGUAUGACUGGUUGCCAAUAAACCUGCCGAAAUACUGAACCUUUUACUAAUGAAGAGAUCUGAAAGAAAGCUACAUUAGCCCAUUGCUCAGCUUUGUCCGGUCAAUCUUCGCUAGAUUCUACAAUCAUCAACUUCGCUGGUCAGAAUCCGACAUCCAACUAAGUAUGGCGGCUUAUAAAGGUAUUGCCGAUGAUCUUCUCUCCAAGCUGGCUGAAGACAUCGAGACGGGUGAGCAGAUGGAGGCCUUAGGACGAACACUCCGAUUCAGGGUCGCAGACAUCAAUAGAUACACAGAGACCAAUAGGAUAGAAGGACGUGUGACUUGUAAGGGAACACGUGACAUGCUGUUUGACUGGAGACAGACCGUGGUGCCUUGCGACCAGCAUCUCAGACUGAAACAAGCUCUCAUUGACGCUGAGCUGGUCAUGCUUGCUGAUACAUAUCUCAAGGGGACACCAAUGAUUCAAGGUUGGUCUAUCAGUGCUAGAGCGCCUAAAAUCACCGCUCAUGCAUGUACCUGUACACGUACAUUGUUUUGA